AUGUUGUUUCCUGAACUCCAGAAUGUAAAAAAGCUUUUGGAAACGCCAGUAGACGAAUCGUCGAACCAAAUCACAAUGAAUCUGGAAGACGACCCUGCGUAUGUUUUUUCGCGUCCUUUUACCUCCAGCUACAAUUUGAUCCUCAAGACCAACACGCUCCUCUCCCAAAUCGGCGAAGAAAUCGCCGCCAUCCAUCACGCCGUCUCUUCCCUCUAUGCCACCAAAUUCCCCGAACUCGUCGAACUCAUCUCAAAUCCACUCGACUAUCUUCGCGUGGUGGCGUUAAUUCAAAAUGAGACCGAUUUGACGAAACUCCCGCUCGAUACAAUUCUUCCUCCUUCUCAAGUUAUGCUCGUCAGCAUCGCUUCCUCUACCACCACCGGCUCUCCUCUUUCCCCUUCUGCGCUUUCUGAGCUUCGCUCGCUCACCUCCGAAGCAAUUCAGCUCGAUGCGGACCGCGGCCUUUUUCUUCGCUUCAUCGAGUCCCGCAUGCUCCGCAUGGCCCCCAACUGCUCCGCCCUCGUCGGCACGCACCUGGCUGCGCGGCUAGUGGCCCAAGCAGGCGGACUUCGCGCCUUGGCGAGCAUGCCAGCGUGCAACGUGAUGCUGAUUGGCCAGCAAAAGCAGACCUUCGAGGGCACGGGGCUCGCGCUGCCGCGGCACAGCGGCAUUCUCUAUCAGAGCGACUUGGUGCAGAGCGCGCCGGCCGCGUUGCGCCAGAAAACCGCGCGGAUAGUCGCGAAUAAACUGACGCUGGCGGCGCGAAUCGACGCGCAGAACGCGCAGAACGGCGAGAACGGCGCGGAAUACCGCCGAACCAUCCAAGAAAAAGUGGCGAAAUGGCAGGAGCCGACGCCGGGGAUGCGCGAGAAGGCGCUGCCAGUCCCGCGGGACGAGCCGAAGAAGCGGCGCGGCGGUCGCCGCGUGCGGAAAAUGAAGGAAGCGAGACAGCCGUCGGAGAUCCAGAAACAGCUGAAUCGGCGACGGUUCGGCGUGGCGGCGACGAGCUACGCGGACGAAGCGAUGGGAAUCGAAAACGGAAUGCUGGAGAACGGAGGGAGCUUCGCGAAGCUGAUCGUGAAGAAGACGAAGUUGGUAGCGCAGAAAACGCUGAAACGGCUUGGGCAGGCUGCAAAGGGAGGAUAUGUGUCCGGAUUGGCAUCGAGUUUUAAUAUUGCUGAUGCACAUGGAAUCGAGUUGAUUAGCAAUGUGAAGAAGGAGGAGAGGAAGGAUGGGAAGUAUUUCAGCGCGGUGAGCGGGUUUGCCAGUGUUCAUCCCCAAUCUUUAUUGUGUGUUUGUUAUGUCAAAGGUGUCACAGAAACGAGCGGGAGUGGGUUUCUAUUCUUCCUGUUGAGAGUAUAG